GGAGGUGUGCGAGCGGGAGUCGCGGUCCGGCCAGAGAGUUGGGGCGGUAGGGCAGGCCUCUCCGCGAUGCCCUUGCACAAGUUCCCCGUCCACCUGUGGAAACAGCUCCGGCUGCGGGAAGGCAUCUACUCGCGCCUGCCCCAGCACUACCUGCGCACGCUGAAGGAAGCGCCCACGCCCACUCCCGUCCACUACAGGCCCCACGGGGCCAAGUUCAAGAUCAACCCCAAGAACGGGCAGCGGGAGCGCGUGGAGGACGUGCCCAUUCCGCUUUACUACCCGCCCGAGUCCCAGCUGGGGCUGUGGGGCGGUGAGGGCUGGAUCCUGGGCCACAGAUACGUCAGUAACCACAAGCGCUCUAAGAGGGUGAGGAAGAUCUGGAAGCCGCAGCUGUUCCAGCGCGAGCUGUACAGUGAGAUCCUGGACAAGAAGUUCUCUGUGACCGUGACCAUGAGGACGCUAGACCUCAUUGACGAGGCCUUCGGGUUCGACUUCUACAUUCUCAAGACCCCAAAGGAGGACCUGUGCUCCAAAUUCGGGAUGGACCUGAAGCGCGGGAUGCUGCUGCGCCUUGCCCGGCAGGACCCACAGCUGCACCCGGACGACCCAGAACGGAGGGCGGCCAUCUACGACAAGUACAGGGAGUUUGUCGUCCCUGAGGCCGAGGCAGAGUGGGUUGGCCUGACGCUGGAUGAGGCUGUGGAGAAGCAGAGGCUCCUGGAGGAGAAGGAUCCCACCCCUCUGUUCAAGGACUAUGUGGACGAGCUGGUGGGGCAGCUUCAGCGGCAGGCGCUGUCUGAGCCCGUGGUGUUGCAGAAGAGGGCCAUCAGGAAGUGAUGUGGCACUGUGGACUCUGUGGAUGGAGAGCCUGGGGGACGGCAGGGCCACCGUGGGCAGUGGGCGAUGCUGGCCUGUGUGCUGCCUUUUGCAGCGUAGCUCCCAGGUGGGGCGGGCUCUGGGGGCUGAGGGGUCUCUUGUUGCAGGAUCUUGGGAACCCAAGCGCUGGGCCUCCUCGCUGCCCCUUGGUUCCUCCCAUCCCCGGUGAGGCCCAGCCGCCCUCUUUGGUAUCAGAGGCCCUGCCACGGGUCCGCCACACCCUGGGGAGCCCACCUGGGCCUGUGGCACAAGAACAAUAAAGUC